GUUCUUUUAUCGGGUGACCCGGUAGUGGGGUGUAUAUGGCUGUGGCGGGUGGUAGAAUGGAGGAGGUCUGCUCAAACCCAGUGUCUGUCUGUCUCACUGAGGAUACGUUUCCGUAGACGGAGUCCUGGCCGGUGCAGUGCCAGCGGAACGGAUGUGGACGUGUGAAUGAACCCUAGACAACAGGUCUGCAGAAUACGGGCACUUUGCCAUCAGGAGAAAUAACUACUCUCGUCAGAAUUCUGGACCAGGACAGGACAUGCUUCAUAACUUGUAGAAUGGCCACAUGGAUCUGUAAAAGAUAUGGGCUCCAUAGAAAUCACUGGGAUGAGGAAUGACAGUCAUGGAGAUUUUAAUAGUACGCUCAUUACCACAUUGGCAACUACAAAGAUGGUGCUCCCCACCCCCAUCAAGCCCAUCAUCCCUGUCCAGACGGGGGUACAGGCACAGCAGGAGGAGCAGUCUAGCGGCAUGUCCAUUUUCUUCAGUCUACUCGUCCUGGCAAUCUGCAUCGUAUUGGUUCAUCUACUCAUCAGAUACAGACUCCACUUCCUGCCAGAGAGCGUCGCUGUGGUGUCAUUGGGAAUCUUGAUGGGUGCUGUGAUCAAAAUCAUCGAAUCUCAGAAACUAGCAAACUGGAAGGAGGAAGAGAUGUUUCGGCCCAACAUGUUUUUUCUGCUGUUGCUGCCGCCCAUCAUCUUUGAGUCGGGUUACUCUUUACAUAAGGGGAACUUCUUCCAGAACAUUGGCUCCAUUACUCUCUUUGCUGUUUUUGGGACAGCAAUAUCAGCCUUCAUUGUUGGAGGAGGUAUUUUCUUCCUAGGACAGGCAGACGUUAUUUACAAGCUCACCAUGACAGACAGCUUUGCCUUUGGUUCACUGAUCUCUGCUGUGGAUCCUGUUGCAACAAUCGCCAUUUUCAAUGCUCUGAAUGUUGACCCUGUGCUUAACAUGCUUGUGUUUGGUGAGAGCAUCCUGAAUGAUGCCGUCUCCAUUGUACUUACCAACACAGCAGAAGGACUUAGCAGGGGCCAUGUAUCGGAUGUGAAUGGGUGGCAGACCUUCCUCCAGGCUUUGGCUUACUUCCUGAAGAUGUUCUUUGGUUCUGCAGCUCUUGGGACACUGACUGGCCUUAUUUCUGCCAUAGUAUUAAAGCAUCUCGACCUACGAAAGACGCCUUCCCUAGAGUUUGGAAUGAUGAUAAUUUUUGCGUAUCUUCCAUAUGGAUUGUCUGAGGGCAUUUCACUGUCAGGUAUUAUGGCCAUCUUGUUCUCAGGAAUUGUGAUGUCUCAUUACACACACCACAAUUUGUCACCGGUUACUCAGAUUCUUAUGCAACAGACACUAAGAACAGUGGCCUUCCUGUGUGAAACCUGCGUCUUUGCUUUCCUUGGCCUGUCAAUAUUCAGUUUCCCACACAAGUUUGAAAUUUCUUUUGUGAUUUGGUGUAUUGUGCUGGUCCUGCUGGGACGUGCUGUUAAUAUUUUCCCCUUGACCUAUCUGCUGAAUUUCUUUCGGGACCACAAAAUCACCCCGAAGAUGAUGUUCAUCAUGUGGUUCAGUGGUUUACGAGGAGCUAUUCCAUACGCACUGAGCCUUCACUUGGAGCUGGAGCCGAUGGAGAAGCGUCAGUUGAUUGGCACUACUACCAUUAUCAUUGUGCUCUUCACCAUCUUGCUGAUGGGUGGAGGCACCAUGCCUCUCAUCCGACUCAUGGACAUUGAGGAAUCAAAAGCUCGGAAAAAAAGCAAGAAAGAUGUCAUUCUGAGCAAAACUGAAAAAAUGGGGAACACAAUAGAGUCUGAGCAUCUGUCUGAGCUGACGGAGGAGGAAUACGAGGCUCAUUACAUCAAGCAGCACAAUCUCAAGGGUUUCAUGUGGUUGGACGCUAAAUACCUAAACCCAUUCUUCACACGCCGGCUAACACAGGAGGAUCUUCAUCAUGGACGCAUACAGAUGAAAAGCCUCACUAACAAGUGGUACGAAGAGGUGCGGCAGGGUCCAUCUGGAUCCGAGGACGAAGAUGAGCAGGAGCUCCUAUAAUAAUAGGCAUUGUAGACUUAAAUAUAUAAGUGGUCAUAUACACUGGAGGUUGCUUCACCAGGCCUUGCACUUGUCUCCACUGUGCCCCACCCACUUGGAUUUGGACACCUUGAGCCUCCCCUGUCUAGAAAUGACAAUAAUGUGAUGACCUAGCAGGUUGGCCAGAGAGUCCUCACACAAUUCUGUGUCACUGGAUUCUGUGAUUUACAUAUAAAGAUUCUUCUAAAAGAAAAUGAUAACGUAUUCCCAGCAAAAGUGGAGGUGUAGCCAGUCUGAGUGUUUAUUCAGCACAGGUUUGAAAAGAAAAGCAGUCACCUGACUGGUUGAUUUGCCUUCAAGAGGAGCAUUUUAUGACGCAUUUUGUGAUGGCUCCUUUGCUUUGUUUUAGUCUCGUCGGUGUCAGUGAUUGGCCGAUGCCACUUUAUUUCGUCUUCUCUUCAGUGUUGGGCUCCUCCCCUCAAGUGCUAAAUAAGGCUUUAUAGGUCUCACGGGGGCCCCAUAUCUUAUGUGCCCUAUGUUUGACCCUACCUUUGUACAAACACCUGCACAGCUUAUCUCCAGGUGGACACUGCCCCCUCCAUACUGCUUCUUCACUUACGUUUAUGAGUUAGGGUACUUUCACACUUGCGGCAGGACGGAUCUGACAGGCUGUUCACCCUGUCGGAUCCGUCCUUCCGCUAUUUUGCCAGACCGCUGCUCCUUCCCCAUUGACUAUAAUGGGGAU